AUGAGCUCGGACGCACUCGGUUUCUUUGAGAAGCACCGCGCGCUCUUCGAGUACGACAAGUACUUUCCCGGGCGGGACCCAUGCACGUCGUCGUCGGCGUCAGGGCUCUUGCUUGCAUACACCAGCGCACCGUCGUCGUCGUCGUCGUUUGCAGAGGCCAUUGCGGCGCUGAAUGCACCGGCCGCCCCCGGAAUUGCCUUCAAGCCACCUCCACCAGCAGCUACAGCAACGAUAGCGUCGUGGACAAAGCCACUGGCGGCAUCCAGACCGAUUGCGCGACUGUAUGAGCCCCGACCGCUCGGGGGUGCCAAGGAGAGCACCUUCCCACCACCGCUUGCGCAGCAGCCAGUAGCACCAGUGUCGCUACCACUGCAGCCGGCGGCACCGCUGCCAUUCCAGCCGACUGUGCCAACGCUGCCACCAAUGACGCUCGUCGCCAAGGCGCACGAGUCGUCCAAGUCCAAUGGACCAGCAAAAGAGCUCUCGCGACAAGCGUCGUCGUCCAAUGCGUUGCAGAGAGGACCGCAACUGCUCGACAGCUCCGUGCGAGCCUACACGCGCAAGGUCGACGUGGCGCAGAAGAUCGAGAUGCUCGUGGGCCCCAAAUUCGGUCGCGUGUUUGGCCCGAGCAGCAACCUCCCACUGGGCGUCAAGCGGCGGCUCGAGGCGUAUGCUAGAUUGGACCAGCGCAAAGAAGCCUUGUACCAGCUUCUUUUGAGCGAACAGCACGCGCUCGAAGCCCUUCGCAGCACUCGAAACACCUAA